UUAAAGAAACCGCUUUUUCUCUCAGCUGAUAUUGCAUUUGCUAACUGUAAAUCCGCGCUGCUUGCAUUGUUAAAUUUACUGAAUGUGUUACAAUGACUUCGUUCAACACUGCUGCUGUGUCUAUGAAUUUAGAUGAAUAUUACGAUCAUUUUGUGGUUCCCAAGCCGGAAAUUCCCAAAAUCUAUCCGGGCUGUUCUGGGCAAACAAAAAAACGACAGGCAGCUCAUUUGCAAUCCUAUAAGGAUAAUGACGCAGCAAACGAUGAAGACGAUGGUGAUGACGACGAAUUGGAAUUAGAGCAGACCACAUCGAUCGAUGAUGAGUUUGAUUCGUCAAUUCAGGACUCGACUAAUAAUCAAAUUGACUACGAGACCAAUGAAUUUAAUCAAUUAUACGAAGACGACAAUAGCCAAAAGAAUACUGAGCAAAGUACCACUCCAGCAACGUCUGAAGCAUCUGUUGGAUCUGGUCAGCAGCGAGGCCAAGCCACCAAUAAUAUGAAUAGACCGCCUGGUGCGGCUUCUAUAGAUCUCAACGAAACAGAUGGAGGCGGAAAUCUUCGUGCUAAACAACGAAAAAGUAAACGGUUUGUGCCUUUUAACAAUAAUAAUCGCAACAGGAUUCCUGUUCAACAGCGAUUGGGAACCAAAAAUCAUCGCGAACAGUUCCUAAUGCGCAACGGAUCGAAUGCAUUAUUCAACAAUCACAAUAUUGACAAUUACAAUGGAGGCCUUUCAAAUGCAUUUAACCAUAACAACAACUAUAAUAAUAAUAAUGCCAACUUUAACAUAAAUAGUGGCAAUUAUGAUAAUAAUAACAAUGCGAACUAUAAUCCAAACAUGUUCAAUAGCAACAUGAAUAAUUCAAACUAUAAUAAUGGAUAUAAUCCGCAACAACAGAUAUCCAUUAAUUCGAGCAAUGAUUUGCAACAUUCACUACAAGCUUCUAGAGAGAUGCCAAAUUUGGUGCGUUCAAAUUCAAACUAUAAUAAUGGAUAUAAUCCGCAACAACAGAUAUCAAUUAAUUCGAGCAAUGCAUUUCAGAAUUCACUGCAAACUACUAGAGAGAUGCCAAAUUUGGUGCGUUUCAACCCUGUUAAUGAUAAUCCGUUUUAUAGUUCAUUGAUUAUUGAACGCAACUUUGAAAAUUCGAAUUUGUUGAAUUCGUUGAUGAAUCCAGCCAAUCAAAUUUCCAAUAAUAAUAUGCAAAAUCGCUUGGGCCCUCAAUAUCAAGCUCGCACAGCGAAUGAUUUUGCUUUGGGUAAUAUUCGUGAGCAAACAAAUGGCAAUACCCAAACCAGAUUCGUACCUAAUAAUUCUUUGCGCUUAGCCGACUUGGUGAAUAUGGACAGAAACACCUUUGCAAACAUGACAGUGGCCAAAAAUGCAAUCAUGUUGCUAAGGACAACGGAACAACAUUCAGCAGACAAGCUCAUUAAUAAAGAUAAAUAAUGGAUCAUCAAGAUGAUGGCGUUAACAAAAAUUCGAAAAGGGCCAACUAUUAUUAACUUUAAGUUAUAACGAUCAAAAUGUUUCUUUUAGCAGAUAUGGCCACACUUAAGCCAUGUGAAUAAUCGUAGAAUAAGAAGCAGCAGCAAUUGCCGGUUCAAUCGCUGUGAACAGCAGCACACAUACACUGAAAACUGUGGAGAGAAGUAUUUGUGUUUUUGUUUUAAUUUUUAUUAUUUUUGGCUGAUAAGAAAAGGCCGUGCCGCUUAUCAGCAAUGCACAACAAGAAAGAACGAACACUGACAGAAA